GUUCCGUGAACUUUUUGGUAGCACAGGGACCUUAUCGAGCCAGGCUGCUGCCCCAGUAGAAGAUUACUUCCACGGCUUCCCUUGCAUCAAGGAGUGAGCUGACCGGGAUGGUGCCCCGGGAGGCUCCUGAACCCGCCCAGUGCCUGUGCCCUUCCCUUGCAAGCCUGAAUGCCAAGGAUGUGCUUCGGAGAAGGCACAAGAGGAGGAGCCGACAGCACCAGAGGUUCAUGGCCCGGAAGGCCUUGCUGCAGGAGCAGGGGCUGCUGAACAUGCUCCCAGAGCUGGGGGCCUCCCCACCUCCCACCCCAUCAGGAACAGCGCCAGCCACUGAAGCUGCCAGCAGCAAGAGGCAGCGUCCAAAGGCUGGAUCUGGUGGCACCUCAUGCAGCAGGAGGCCCACUCCGAGGGAAGCCUCGGGGCCCUUGCCCAGCAAGUGCGUAGCUAUCGAUUGCGAGAUGGUGGGCACGGGACCCCGGGGGCGGGUAAGUGAGCUGGCCCGCUGCUCAGUGGUGAGUUACCAUGGUGAUGUCCUCUACGACAAGUACGUCCGACCUGAGAUGCCCAUUGUUGACUACCGCACCCGCUGGAGCGGCAUCACUCGGCAGCACAUGCGCAAGGCCAUCCCCUUCCAGGUGGCCCAGAAGGAGAUUCUGAAGCUCCUGAAGGGCAAGGUAGUGGUGGGCCACGCGCUGCACAACGACUUCCAGGCCCUCAAGUACGUCCACCCUCGGAGCCAGACCCGGGAUACCACCUACGUCCCAAGCUUCCUCAGCCAGCCCAGCCUCCCUACCCGGGCCCGGGUAUCUUUGAAGGAUCUAGCCCUGCAGCUGCUGCACAAGAAAAUCCAGGUGGGCCAGCACGGACACUCGUCAGUGGAAGAUGCCAUGACGGCCAUGGAGCUCUACCGGCUGGUGGAGGUGCAGUGGGAACAACAGGAGGCCAGCAGCCUCUGGAUGACACCUGAGGACAGAGAGCCUGACAGCAGCACAGACAUGGAGCAGUACAUGGAGGACCAGUACUGGCCUGAGGACCUGGCCCAGAGCAGCAGAGGAGAAACGGGAGAAGCCCAGGACAAGAGGGCGUGAGAGGGGGUUGGGCUUCUGGGCUGGCUCCCAGUGUGGCAGCCAGGAAGGCACGGGCGCUUCAUCCUGGGCAGGCAGGGCAGGAUGUAGCCAGCCAGCCCCAGGGAGAGGAGUUGGGGUCAUCUGUCUUUGACAUACUCUCCUCGCAGCACAGCCCUGUCUCUCUGGGACUGUUGGUUCUUUCUCUCGAGGCCUGUGGUUUUGCUAAUAGCACUUUACGGACUCCAGGGAUAUGUCAGGUGGACUAUCCUAUAGGUCCCAGCAGGAGUAGGAUUGUGCCAACAGAUUAAACCUGGCUGUCACUGGCCUUCCCCACCCCCAGAUCUCCUAGUUACCAUGCUGUGCUAUAAAGGGAUAAUGUCUCCCUUGGGGGUAAAGUUCUCUUCCUGUUGUUGCAGUCUACCUCUUCCUCCAGAGUUAUUUUUGGGUUCAGAAUAAAUAUGCCCUGAAGCUAAAGAGUUAAGGCCUCUAAAGGAAAUAUUUCUUCCCUACUCCUUUUACCUGGAACAUUGGCUGCCGCCAUUGUAGGAACUUGG